AUGCUUCAGUACAGAGGAAUUGUGUAUACCAUCGAAACGGCAGUCAAGAGGAAGGAAAUAUCUUUACGUAGCAGAGAUCUCUUGGAUGCAGCUGAAAAAAUACUCACUGAGGUGGGAUUGGUAGACGCCUGGGCUUCUGCAUGCGUUCAAUACGGCGAUCUGCCGGAGCUGGAUCUGAGACAACCGGACUUCAAGAAAUCUUUAGGAGGUGAAACAGGGGCAACUUUUGAUCCAAUAGUCAAUCACCUUGCCGAAAGUACUACUCGCAGCGACUUUGACAAGAGGCCUCAGCGUUACGACAGGAUUCUAGUAAAGAGAAAAGACUUUACUGUGACAGGAUUCAACAUGUUUGGCCAGAGAAUGGGAGCAUUGCAGACUGACUUUUGUGUUGACUCUAAGGAUGAUGACUCAAACAUCCAGCUUUCAUAUGGUAGUGGUCAUUGGGGGAUCAAAUGUUCGCUACAGGUUUCUAAAGAUGCACCAGUUCGGUCAACCGGCAGUAACAAUACCACCUUCGCUCCGAUAAAAGGCUCGUGGGGGCAGAUGUCCGUAUCUCAGCUUGUCGCUUAUCUUUCUGAGCAAUCCGUACUCCCUUCCGAUGUUGAUAUUGCGAUGAGAGAAAGCGCGUUGUGCUUACUGAAAGAAGUCAUAUUGCAAGACGAGGAUAACCUCGCUCGUGGGCUUCCAGCAUUCGUGCUGGUACCUGUCGGGUCUUAUGGACUGGGUGUCUGGACUACGGCAUCAGAUAUCAACUGCCUUUGUAUUGGACGUAUCAGCGCAAAAACUUUCUUCGCAUUAGCCAUUCAGCGACUUCGUAAAGCUGCGUGGAGGGGCAUUAAGAUCUUACGACGAGUAGAUGCCCACUCUGGCACAAUCAUCGGGCUGGCAAUCGGUCAUAUCAGAAUGGAUUUACAAUAUUGUUCAGCAGUUUCUAUCACCGAGACGUGGCCAGCCGCACUGACGCUACCACCAACCGAUCCCAUUUUCAAGCUACCACAAAAUACCCUAGCGGCAUUAAAGCCAGUGCGUGAUCUGCAUCAUAUUCUUGGGACGAUUCCAGACCUUGCGGCUUUCAGGCUAUCAUACCAUAUAAUAAAAUGUUGGGCAAAGCGGCGUGGCAUUUAUGCUGCGCAAUUUGGUUAUCUUAGUGGUAUCCAGAUAUCGAUACUCCUGUCUCGGGUGUGUAAGUUAUUGGUAGAUACACAUGGCCGUGCAUCAUGUAUCCAAACGAUAUUAGUAAACUUCUAUCAUCAUUACGCGGGAUUCGAUUGGGAUAACUCCAUCGUUUUCGAUCCGUUCUUCCAUAAAGGACUGAGCUAUAUGAGAACUGAACGGGAGCCUAUGGCUAUCCUAGGCUUUUAUGGGCCUCGUCUGAACACAGCGCAGAUUACCUCAGUUUCUACUGCUCAUACCAUCAUUGAGGAAUUGAAGAGAGCAUACUCAAUAUUAUCAGGAGCCGAGGUGAUAUUGACCGAGCUCCUCAAUGAGAAUACGGGUAUAACGGAAUUUCUGGGCACGUAUAAAACAUAUUUCAAAAUCACUGCUCGAUUCUACGGUGUGUCUCUGGCAAGGAUAAAUACGGUAUUGGAAUGGCUAGAAUCAAAAUGUGCCUCACUCUUGGUCGAGAUCGGUAAGGUAUUACCUGACAUACAUCCCAGAAUCUGGCCAUCACGCUUCGUAAACCAAGACGCUUCUGAAGAAGACGAGGAAUAUGAAGGGCAUUAUCUUAUCGGCUUGGAGUUAAAAGAACCUACCGGUCUGCCGACUGAUAUAGUAAGAAGACGCUCUAUAGAAGCCAGUUUAUAUGCCUGCUGUAUACGUAUCUUUGAAGCACAGGCAAGCAAGGAUGCGAAGUACAUUGACCCUAAUACAUCCUGGCUACAUACUAUAAUAACUCCGCAGAAUGAACUUGGAGAACUACGAUUGGACGAUCGGGACUGGGGGAAAUACAUGGUUGAAGCUGAGGAUGAGGACAUAGGCGAUUCGGAAUUCUGGGCAUCUAUGGAAGCGGACGAAGCUAGAGAGCCACCUACGAAGAAAGAGACCCGUUUUUCGCAUAAGCCAACGUACGAAGGGAAACUUCGAUCUGCAGGUGACGUUCUAAAUAGGCUUCGGUGGGAUCAAGCCAUGGACAGUAGCGACUACAUAAUCGGCUACGAAGAUCGCUUCUCGGGAGCAAUGGAGCGGUCAGUUGACUCGUGGAAGUCGGAUACGACGCACGAGGAAUUCAUACCGGAGCACAGGAUCCUAUACUUCAAGCGCAAGAGCGACGGUACGAUCGUGUGGGAUAAGGAGGAGAGACGAGAUGAGAUAUUCGGUAGCGGGGCCUCUAGUCUUGGGCGCUAG